CAUUGUGUUUACAAAAAAUUCCGAAAAAUAUGCAUUAGCACAAGUUUUAAAUGAACCAACAUUCACGUUCUAUCAUCACACAGUUUAGUGACAUUGAAGAUUUCAUCUGUUCAUACAUAAUCUUGUAUUACUCUUGUGUAUAAAAUGGCAAUAAUGAUCGAAAGUUGAGUAACACUUACGCAGAUUAAAAUCCGCUCCGGUCUAUGGUAGCAUUUUACGAUCCGGAUUUCGGUCUUUGCUAUUCUGCGAGGAGAAAAGCAACGAGUAGAAAUUUCUUUAAUGCUGUAAUAACUGAAUAGUUCAACAAUUGUGGGUAAAAAAUGGCUCUACACAGUGUUCCACCAAAGCGAAAAGAAAUUUACAAAUAUGAAGCACCGUGGCCACUUUACAGUAUGAACUGGUCAGUGCGCCCUGAUAAAAGAUUUCGUCUAGCAUUAGGUAGCUUCGUUGAAGAAUAUAACAACAAAGUACAGAUUGUUUCUCUCGAUGAGGAAACUUCAGAGUUUACUGCCAAAAGUACCUUCGAUCAUCCAUAUCCAACGACCAAAAUAAUGUGGAUGCCUGAUGCCAAAUCUCUGUUUCCUGAUUUGUUGGCCACAUCUGGGGAUUACCUUCGGGUCUGGCGUGCAAUAGACGUAGAAACACGACUGGAGUGUGUACUGAAUAAUAACAAAAAUUCAGACUUCUGUGCACCCCUAACAUCAUUUGACUGGAAUGAAGUGGAUCCAAAUUUAGUUGGAACAUCAAGUAUUGACACAACCUGCACAAUAUGGGGCUUAGAAACUGGGCAGGUAGUAGGGAGAGUUAGUUUGGUUGCUGGUCACGUUAAAACGCAACUUAUUGCUCAUGACAAGGAAGUCUAUGAUAUUGCAUUCAGUCGAGCAGGCGGAGGAAGAGAUAUGUUUGCUUCGGUAGGAGCCGACGGCUCUGUGAGAAUGUUUGACCUGCGUCAUUUGGAACAUUCUACAAUUAUAUACGAAGAUCCUCAGCAUACACCACUGCUGCGCCUUGCCUGGAACAAACAAGAUCCAAAUUAUUUAGCGACUGUUGCUAUGGAUGCGUGUGAAGUCAUCAUUUUGGAUGUUCGUGUUCCUUGCACACCAGUCGCUAGGCUAAAUAAUCACAGAGCAAGCGUAAAUGGAAUAGCUUGGGCGCCACAUUCAAGUUGUCAUAUCUGCACGGCUGGUGAUGAUCACCAAGCACUAAUUUGGGACAUUCAGCAGAUGCCAAGAGCUAUAGAAGAUCCAAUUCUUGCGUACACAGCUGCAGAAGGUGAAGUUAAUCAGAUUCAAUGGGGUGCAACACAACCGGACUGGAUCGCUAUCUGUUAUAACAAGUCUGCUGAAAUCCUACGAGUCUAGUUAGUUUGGACCAACUAUGACUGAAAGCCACUAAAAUUAUCGAUGGGCACUUAUUCUCUGCCUCAUAAGCAGGUGUGUCAUAAAUUAACAAUGCUGCAAAAUUGAUUGAAUUGCAAGAAAACAAAACUUCGGAAAGACCCCAACCACUGAGCAACUGUGCAGGUAAAAAGUCAGUCUAUUCAAAAUCUUUGUCACUUCAUAUCUCUAGGAAAAGAAUUUUUUUCACAUAAGAAGACUGGCCUAAUUGUGAUAAUGCAACUAAUCGGCAACCA